AUGUCACUGACACAGAGGAACGCAGGCAAGGAUAAGGACAUGGCACCGCUUCUCAGGCCGCGGCAGAGCCUGUCGGCGGAGCGGUUCUCGCCCUACUUCACCGUGCUCAAGAGCCAGCCGUACAACGAUCCCAACUCUAGGACGGGAGGGUCGAACAACUUGCGCUCGAUUGCAUGGAAUCCUGUAGGGACGCUGGUCGCCACCGGGUCUACCGAUAAGACCUUGCGGGUUUGGAACCCGGAGAAGCCUCACAUCAAGUUCUCAACUGAGCUGAAAGGCCACCUGGGAUCGGUGGAGAAGGUCGCCUUCAACCCUACCAAGGACGCUGAGCUCUGCAGCAUCAGCAGCGACGGGGUCGCCAAGUUCUGGGACGUGAGGACCAAGGCCUGCUUCAACGAGGUCAAGGGGCUGGGGGAGGCCUUCACAUUGGCAUGGGCGCCGGACGGUCAGACGCUGAUUGUGGGCAACAAGGAUGACAAUAUCUUUGUCCUUUCCCCCACAUCGCCUACCCCCUUGGCAUCUCAUCAGCAGUCCAUACAGACGAAUCAGAUCGCCUUCUGCUGGAGUGGAGAGAAGAUAUUCUUGACCACCAGCGAGGGGCACAUCCGCAUUCUGUCCUAUCCCAACUUCGAACCAGUCCUACGGGUCGCGUACGGCGACAACGAGGAGUUCCAACUAAACGGGCACACGUCAUCAUGCCUCACGGCUGAGCUCCAGCCCACGGGGCGGUACCUGGCGACUGGAGGCUCCGACUCGAUCAUUGCGCUCUGGGACACGCGCCGAUGGCUCUGUCAAAGGACGAUCACGACCAUGGUCGGGCCGGUGAGAAGUAUCAGCUUCACAUUCGACGGCAGCUUCGUCGUGGGAGGCAGUGACGAGGGAUCUGGCCUCGACGUGACGCACACGGAGACGGGAGAGAAGAUCCACACCUUUAAGACGGCGGGAUCGUGCCCGGUGGUGGCGUGGGCGCCUACGAGGUACUGGCUUGCUUACAGCGACCUGGGGGUCUUGCGGAUCAUCGGCAUAGAUGAUAAAAAGUAG